CGUCUGAGGCUGCGCGCCGCGAGGAGUUCCCACGGUCCUGCCGCCCGCCGCUGCCGCCGCCUCCGCGGUCGGUCUGCUGCAGGUUCCUGCCGUUGAACUCUGAGGCACAGAAUGAUUUGGGAAGGAGCUGUGUUGCUCAGCGUGGUCCUGGGAAUCGGUGCUGUUCCCAUGGAUGAUCCCGAGGAUGGGGGCAAGCACUGGGUGGUGAUUGUCGCAGGUUCAAAUGGCUGGUAUAAUUAUAGGCACCAGGCGGAUGCAUGCCACGCCUACCAGAUUGUUCACAGAAACGGGAUUCCUGAUGAACAGAUCAUUGUGAUGAUGUAUGAUGACAUUGCCAACUCUGAAGACAACCCCACGCCAGGAAUCGUGAUCAACAGACCCAAUGGCUCGGACGUGUACGCGGGGGUCCUGAAGGACUACACCGGCGAGGAUGUGACCCCAGAAAAUUUCCUUGCUGUGUUAAGAGGUGAUGAAGAAGCAGUGAAGGGCAAAGGAUCUGGAAAGGUCUUGAAGAGCGGCCCCCGGGAUCAUGUGUUCGUUUACUUCACCGAUCAUGGAGCUACUGGAAUACUGGUGUUUCCUAAUGACGACCUUCACAUAAAGGAUCUGAAUAAGACCAUCCAGUACAUGUACAAACACAAAAUGUACCAAAAGAUGGUGUUCUACAUCGAAGCCUGUGAGUCUGGGUCCAUGAUGCGCCACCUGCCCUCCGACAUCAAUGUUUACGCGACCACGGCUGCCAACCCCACCGAGUCGUCCUAUGCCUGUUACUAUGAUGAGAAGAGGUCCACGUACCUGGGGGACUGGUACAGCGUCAACUGGAUGGAGGACUCGGAUGUGGAGGACUUGACCAAAGAGACCCUCCACAAGCAGUACCAGCUGGUGAAAUCCCACACCAACACCAGCCACGUCAUGCAGUAUGGAAACAAGUCGAUCUCUUCCAUGAAGGUGAUGCAGUUUCAGGGUAUGAAACACAAAGCCAGUUCUCCCAUCUCCCUGCCUCCGGUCAAGGACCUUGACCUCACCCCAAGCCCUGAGGUGCCCCUCACCAUCAUGAAAAGGAAGCUGAUGAGCACCAAUGAUCUUCAGGAGUCCAGGAAGCUCGUGGAGAAGAUCCACAGGCAUCUGGACGCUAGGCAUGUCAUUGAGAAGUCAGUGCAAAAGAUCGUCUCCUUGAUUGCGAGGUCCGGUGCUGAGGCAGAGGGGCUGCUGUCUGAGAGGGCCGAGCUCACGGCGCACGACUGCUACCAGGCAGCCGUGUCUCACUUCCGCACACACUGCUUCAACUGGCACUCACCCACGUACGAGUAUGCUUUGAGACAUCUGUACGUGCUGGUCAACCUUUGUGAAAAACCUUAUCCGAUUGACAGAAUAAAAUUGUCCAUGGACAAGGUGUGCCUUCAUUACUACUGA